AUGAGAGUCGUGCAAAUUUUAAGUCUAGUCGCACAAUUUGCGAUGGUGGUGAGAGGGACAUCUUCGAUUUGUCAAACGCAGAUUGAUCCGAGAAGUAUCGAUGUUGCUACACGUUCUCAAUGGUGUACACUUCAAAUCAACACAUGCGGAACCCUUUGCGGUGGUGUCACGGAUGAAAAUACAUGUGACAUAACAUCCCUCUGCUACUCAUGCACCUGCACUUCCAACUCCUCAUCUCCCUCCCUCCAACUCUACACCUCCACAAUCCCAUUCUUUGUUUGCGAUCAAACAUACUCAGAAUGCAUCGCGGCCGGAGAAAAUGACGCCGCUGCUCAGAAAGCAUGUCAGGACACCAAAGAAGCAAAUUGCGGAACUCUAGAUCCAGACACCGUUUCUUCUUCCGCAUCCACUUUGCCAUCGAAAGCGACAGUGAAACCUACUCCAAUACCCCAGAUUACAUCGCAAAGUGGAAUAAAUACGAAUACGGGCACCGAGGAAUUAAUAACCAGCACGACGAAAACGGUAACGCCGACCCCGACGGGAACGACGACUGUGUGGACUACUUCUACGGCUUCUUCCGGGUCGGGAAGUGUGGGUAAUGGAACUACGGCGAGUGGAAGUGUGAGUGUGAGUGGAAGUGCAGCGGGGAGUUUGUCGUCGUCGUUGGGGGUGACGGGUGUUAGUAGUAGUGGUAGUAGUAGUACUGCAGCAUCGGCGGUGUCGAGGACGAGUAGUUUGGAGACGGCGACUGGAACAGCGAUAGGAACGAGUGCACCGAGUACGAUUAGUGAGGGUGGUGCGGAGAGAACGAGAAUCGGGGGAGUGUGGAUGGUUUGGGGUGUGUUGAUGAUUGGAGGUGGAUUUGGAGUUAUGGGUUUAUAG